CUUAACUUAACGGCUUAAAAUACUAGAAAAAGUUCGAUAAUCGAUUAAAUAUAUAUUAUUUUUCAACACUGUCUUUUGGUUUCCUUCUUCUUUUACCGGCACGCGUUGCGUUGUUAUUUAAAUCUGUUUUGAUUUUACAUUCAUUUUGAAGAUGUUUCCACAAAGAAGCUCGGUGACAUACCGCACACCCGCCUCCCACCAGCCGCCACCGGCCAUGGAAUUGGCGGACAAUGUGGACUAUCCCAAUCUCAAUGUGGCUGAUAUGAAUGCACGCCUGGAGAACCUGUCACCUAGGCUGCACGACUGCUUCGACAGCAUUGCUAUGAAUGAAUUGCACCAUUUUGCAUUGGCCACAAAUCAUCGUGAGGGCGCCGAAUGGUGGGGCAUGCUUUUUGGCUACAACCAAACGGAGCACAUGACCGUUGAUAAUGCGGACUUCAAGUUACAAUGCGAAAAUACUGUGAACAUUCUACGUUAUGCUGACCACAAUAUAUUGCUCGUAGCGUUGGGUGAUACGCGGUUACAGGUUUGGUCUACAUACUCUACUGUGCGGAAUCCAAAGGCUCCAUACUGUCUAUUCCUCAUUGGCGAAGAUGCCGCACACAAGGCGCCCAUCAAUCAGCUCUGCGUGUUUAAAUCUCAGCCACAGCAAGCAGUAACCACCUGCCUGGAUAAUACUCUCAAUAUCUGGGAUAUUUCUGGCGCCGAUUUAUGCAGCACGUAUCGUGCACGUUCUGCCCAUACCACAAAAUUAACAGGAGUGGCCACUUCGGCAACAGCUGCUAACCAAUUGGUAACCUGUGAUCGUGGCGGUUGUGCACGUUUGUGGGAUAUACGCGCAACAUCGCCCACCUCCUCAUGUCUCUUUGAUGAUAAGACGCAUAUGCUUAGCUUCACAUGUGCCGCUUGGGCUACGCCUAAUGAGCUCCAAGGCGACAACUAUGUUUAUUUGGGCGACUAUGAUGGAAAUGUUCAUACGCUGGAUGUGCGAGUGCCACGCAAGCUGCAGCAAACUGUAUCCUAUUUCGAUAAGGGUCAUGUCUCGCAGCUGCAAGUGAAUGGCACUCAUCUGGCGGUGAUGAGCAAUUUGCCUGCUGGCGUCAAGAUUGCCGAGGUGACAGAUGCACAUGAUGUAAUCUACACUAAUGAGAAUACGCACUCUCGUCUCACAGAUUCCGUUUGGCGGGAUGAUCGCACGCUACUGACCAUUGGACAUGGUCGUAAAUUAGCCACACAUAAGAUAUAGGGAGACAAGAUAUACGCAGACUGAAGAAUUUCCGACCUGAAAAGAUAAAAAUAUAGAAAACUAAAUAUUAAUAUAUAUUUUUUUUAGUUCAGAAAUUAUUAAUUUGAUUCUAGUUACCCUUUAUAUAAUUUCCCUGUAUAAAUAUAUAUCUACAACUCAAUGUUGUGUUAAACUAAGCAAUAACCC